AAAUUUAAUUCCCAAGAUUGUGGCAUGUACCAGGUUUAAAAACAUUCAGUUUUGGAGUACAUGAAUAAUUAUUUUAUUCAUCAUUAUGUUUUAACAUUAGAACAGAUGCCGUGGACAUCUCUUUGGUUUGUUUGGGAGUGUUUACCAAUUUUUUAAUGCCAUUAGUGCCUAAUACUUGGCUGGUGUGUUAAAGUAUUGACCAAACCGUGCAUUAGCGAUGUAAAACAUGACAAUAAUAUAAUAUAAAAGAACACAGCAGACAAUGUUUAAGAAUUAUAAUUUGUUUACAUACAACUUGUAUUGAAUCAGCACUCAGGAGUAAUGCGAGCAGUCUAUUAAUAUCACACAUUGGUGGGCUGUAACCAAAGGUCAUUAAGCUUGUUGCAGGAGACAGUUGCAUGUUGUGAUAUGGCCUGCAGAUCCAGCAGCGUUCUCUCUGAGCUGACAAAUCAACUCAAGGACAACAAUUCUAUUUUACAGCCUGAUGUUAUGCUCCAGGUAGAUGGCGAGUCUUUUCACGUCAACCGUCAUCAGCUAGCGCUUCAGAGUCCCUACUUCCGGGCUCUCUUUUUUGCCUGUGGUGUUGAAAGCACUAAAAGGAAAAUAGAGCUCCAAGGGAUCCGCUUGCAGCAUUUCAAGGUGUUGAUGGACCACAGUCGGACUUCCAUUCUCCCACUAGACAGAGAAAAUGUUGUGGGGAUCCUUGAGACUGCAGAUUUCCUCCAUCUUGAGAGAGCCAAGAUCCUGUGCUGCAAGUUCCUUGAACGUGAGCUCCACCUGUGCAACUGUUUAGGAAUGAUGACUUUUGCCUGGCAGCGAGGCUGUGCUCAGCUCUACAGUGCAGCAAGGCAGGUGGCCCUCACACAUUUCUCAGCUGUUGUCUCCGAGGAGGAGUUCAUGUCCCUAUCUAAGGAGACCCUGGCCCACCUCAUAGCCAGCGACAACUUGGUCAUUCAUAGCGAAGAUUUGGCCCUGGAGGCAGCCCUAUGUUGGGUGUCAUUUGACAAAAAACGAGAGGAGCACUUUCUGGAUCUCAUUGAGCUGGUGAGACCUGAGUGUCUUUCCUUGACAUUCAUCUCUAAACUUUUGGAGACAAUGACACACAAUUCUGACCCUAGAGCCAAGCUCAUCCGCAUACUGAAUGAACAUUUUCCCACUUCCUGGUCAAUGGGGAGGUCUCUGAAAAGGACCAAGGAGACUCUCUUUGUCAUGGGAGGGCCACAUGAUCAGGAACAACAGGCAUCCCACCAGUUUCAUCCACUCAGUUGGAGAUGGCAGAAUUGUCCACCUCUGCAGAGAAGGAACCUCACACAGUACUCCGUAGCAGCAGUAGGAGACAGUGUUGUUGUGACUGGGGGCUAUUUCCGUGACGUGCUCUGGUACAGCGUGGACUGGGUGAGAAAAUACGAAUUUAGGAGCCAAACGUGGGUGGACUGCCCCGCUUUGCAAAAGUCCAGGCACAGCCACUGCUCCGUUGCUCUGGAAUCCAUCCUGUAUGUCUUGGGGGGAAGCAUGGACGAAGGGCUGGUUGCUGAUGUUGAAAGACUGCGCCUGGGGUCAGACGGGGGUUGGGAAAGCGUCAGCCCCAUGAGUCGGGCAGUCGAAAGGGCAGCCGUAGCCACUCUGGGCCAGUGCAUCUAUGUAGCGUGUGGCCUGGAUGAAAACGGAGAGGCCUUUGGGGGAAUACAGCGCUAUGACACCAUUGAGAAUCACUGGGACAUUGUCUCUUAUUCCCCUUUCCCGCGAUAUGACCUGGUCGCUACCGAGCUCAAUGGUGCCAUCUACCUGUUUGGGGGACAAGCUUUGCGCUUAGAUGUGGAGACAGAUGAGUGGACUGUUCUGCACGAGGAAUCUCUGGAGAAAAAGUUCUUCUGUGGCUGUACCACAGUCUGUGGCCAGAUAUUCCUGUUGUGUGAGAAGAAGGGUAACAAGGCACUCCCCAACAUGGUUUUGUUUGACCCUUAUGUGGAUACUUGCAUCAAUGUGUACGACAAUAUACCAUGCACUGUUCCGCUUAGAGGGUGUGUCACCAUUAAAGUGCUUUCAUGAUGGUGUUACAUUACUGGAAAAAAAUAUUUAACUUGGUCUUAAGUUUUUAAUGACAAAAAUCUCGCAUGAGCAGGGGAGUGUCAUCCUUUUAUAUCCAAUGUAAGUUUAAUGUGAAAAAGCCUGCUACACAUCAUCAGAUAUAUUUUUUGUUUUUAACCUGCAUCAUGCAUAAGGUAACAAGAUUGAAAAAAAACCUUGGGAAAACAUGACAAUACUCUUUGCACAGACGUUUCUUGCCAUUUUUAAUGAAAAAGAAAUAUGAUCAGAUAGGUCUAAAAAUGUAGUUUGAUAUUUCAGCCCUUGUAGUGCUUCUUUUUUCACUCUGUUCUUGCACACUGGUCUAAAGUGCUACAUAGGCGGUAAUCACAAAUCCAAACUUAUUUAAAAAAUCCAGAUUUCUACAUUUGUAAAUCCAUUUUCAGUAAUACCCAUCGAGGUGCAUACAAUGCUCAGGUGGAUAUAAAUUUCAAGCGAUACAUUAGC